AACCCCCAAAACUAGCCAAUAAUAAAUAAACAUUAAAAACCAUAGCUUUGCUUCACCAAAUAGACCUCUUUCCAUAAACCCCUCUCAACUUUCUUGUGUUGAAUGAAAAAUACAUGAACCUUGAAACAGCAAAGUGGUAAAAGUGGAGGAAAAUGACAAUGAGUUCAAGUUCUUUUCUGAGGCAACUAAGUGGGAAAGAAGGCUGGAAAUCAACUUCAAGAAGAUGGGGUGGUGGGACUGGAAAUGGUGGAUUUCAGAGCUGUAAUUGGAAGCAAAUGGAGGAGCUGAACAAUAUGUGUGGAGGAGGGGGAAAUGGCUAUCAAAAUAAUGGUGGGGGUUUAGUAAUGAGGAAAAGAGUAAUGGUUGUUGUGGAUCAGAGUUCACAUAGUAAACAUGCUAUGAUGUGGGCACUUACACAUGUUACUAAUAAAGGAGAUAUUCUAACUCUGCUUCAUAUUGUUCCACAUUCUUCUAAUAGUAAGGGCUCUUCUUCAGCUGAUUCAUCUUCAUCUGCUGCUCAUCUUGCUAGCUCUCUUGGAUCCCUUUGUAAGGCUUGUAAACCUGAAGUUGAGGUGGAAGCACUAGUAAUACAAGGACCAAAGAUGGCAACUGUAAUUAGCCAAGUGAAGAAGCUGGAGGUCUCUGUGUUAGUCUUGGGUCAGAAAAAGCCCUCUCAUCUACUUACCUGUCUGUGUGGGCCAAGCAGUGAAGAGGAAUUUGUGGAACAAUGCAUCAACACAUUGGAUUGCUUGACAAUAGGAGUAAGGAAGCAAAGCAAAGGCAUGGGAGGAUACCUUAUCAGCACUAGAUGGCAGAAGAAUUUCUGGCUCUUGGCCUAGUUUUAAUUUCAUCCUAGUUUAGAAAUUAAUAUCACUCACUACAAUAUGGAAAAUAAUUUGUGUAGAAAGCUUUCAGUAGUAUUUCCAAUGUAGCAUUCCCUAAAAAAAAUUCUCUUCUGGUCUGUAAUUUUAUAUAUAUCUAAUGCUUACUGUAAACUUGUUAUUUGUGCGAAAUACAGUUCUUGUAUCAGCUAUA